GUGUGUUGUACUAUCCUCAGCUUUCAUCAAUAAGUUCAUACCAAUUGUAUGUAGAGGUAGUCUGCGAAGAGCUGGACUGGCUUUCUUUCUAUCCAGGAAAUAUUAGCACUCCAAAACUGGCGCAUGGCCAUGGAAAUAAGCAACAGGAUCCUCCAAAUGCUGAAGCUAUCCCCCAUCUAGUAGAUGUCUGCUCUUAUUGGAUGCAGAGCUUUAUUAAAUACAGUAAAUGGUUGGAGAACCCUUCCCAUGUUAAGGCAGCGAGGUUCUUGUCCAGGGGGCACAACAAAUUAAUGGAGUGCAUGGAAGAACUGGGGUUAUCUCGGAAAAUGAAAGAUAGCAAGAACAAUUUUGCUGAGAGAACAGGAUGUGCAAUUUUUUCACCAAUAGCCAAAGAGAUGGAUUCUUUUGACAAGGCAUUGGAGAGUGUUGAAGAAGCUCUGAUAAGACUAGAAAAGUUACUUGAGGAGUUGCAUGUAUCAAGCUCUAAUUCUGGAAAAGAGCAAUUAAAAGCUGCUUGUUCUGAUCUUGAGAAAAUAAGGAAACUUAAAAAAGAGGCUGAAUUUCUGGAGGCAUCUUUCAGAGCAAAAGCAGCUUCUCUUCAGCAGGGAGAUGAUUAUAUUGGGCAGAACACUCUAAAUGCAGGUGUUACAGACUCAGAAUCAAAUGACAUUCUCCGUUUCGAACUCCUACGAAAUGAGCUUAUUGAACUAGAAAAACGGGUUCAAAGAAGCACUGAUCAAUCUGAAAAUGAGGAGGAAACUAAAGAGACUGAUGACACUGCUAAUUACCUUGGUGAUGCUGGAAGUGCUCAAUUGGUCCAAGUUCAAAAGAAAGAAAAUAUCAUAGCAAAAUCAUUGGACAAGUUAAAGAAAACUAGCACGGAUGUCUUGCAAGGAACUCAGCUUCUAGCUAUUGAUGUUACUGCUGCAAUAGAGUUGCUUAGGAGGGUCUUGAUUGGAGAUGAGUUAACAGAAAAAGAAAAAAAGGCUCUCCAGAGAACACUGACUGAUUUGGCUUCAGUUGUUCCUAUUGGUGUUCUAAUGCUUCUACCUGUUACUGCUGUUGGGCAUGCAGCUAUGUUGGCAGCUAUUCAGCGAUAUGUGCCAGCUUUGAUCCCUUCCACUUAUGGACCAGAAAGGUUGGAGCUCUUGCGGCAGCUUGAGAAAGUGAAGGAAAUGGAAGUCAGUGAAGCUGAUGCAAACGAGAAUGAAAAGGAAUUAUCCUAGUUAGAUGCAGCCCAGAUUAUAUACUGCCCUGACAAUAUAACAGAACUUGCAAGGCAAGCGACCAAGAAAUUGUUCAUUCUUCUUUUUUGGCCAGGUAAUAUCACUUGGUUUUGAAUCCCAUUGACCGUAAAUGAGCAUAUAGAAUUUCAUUCCAUACAUCUGGUACUCCGGGCAAGCACCAGUGGCUGCAGUCUUGUGGAGCAGGAACUGGAGUGCCUGGCUCGCGGUGGACUGAAGGGUGUCCAUCAAACCUGAACUGUGUCAGAUAUGUGAUGUUUAAAUACUGAACUUUGCUAUUUCUGUAUUCCAACUCCAUUUGUUUGAUCAUAUCGGAAAUCAAUUGAUUAUUAA